UUUCCUGCUACUUUUACUGCGACUUUUAGUGAGACUUGUACUGAAACUUUUAAUGCAACUCUUACUGCGACUUCUUCUGCUACUUUUAGUGCGACUUUUAGUGCGACUUUCACGGCGACUUCGGCUUACGAAGGGCAUGAGGGCUAUUCUUAUGGCGAGCUCAAGUCGUUUUACAGCAUCAUGGCGGAGACAUGUGGCGAACGUGGCCUACUUGUUAAGGUAAGCUCGUUAAUAUUCAUAAAUUACGAGCGACACAUAUCUUUUUCUUUUUUCCUGCUUCUUUUACUGCGACUUUUACUGCGACUGUUACUGCGACUUUUACUGCGACUUCUACUGCGACUUUUAGUGUGACUUUUAGUGCUACUUUUACUGCCUCUUUUACUGCGAUUUUUACUGCUACUUUUGCUACUACUUUUACCGCUGCUUUUACUGCUGCUUUUACUGCGAUUUUUACUGCUACUUUUACUGCCGUAGCAGUAAAAAUAGCAGUAAAAGUAGUAGUAAAAGCAGCAGUAAAAGUAGCAGUAAAAGUAGUAGUAAAAAAAGCAGUAAAAGUCGCAGUAAAAAUCGCAGAAAAGUAGUAGUAAAAGAGGCAGUAAAAGUAGCAGUAAAAGAAGCAGUAAAAGUAGCAGUAAAAGUAGCAGUAAAAGAAGCAGUAAAAGUAGCAGUAAAAGUAGCCGUAAAAGUCGCAGUAAAAGUCGCAGUAAAAGUAGCAGACAAAGCAGCAGUAAAAGUAGCAGUAAAAGUAGCAGACAAAGCAGCAGUAAAAGUAGCAGUAAAAGUAGCAGAAAAAGUAGCAGUAAAAGUAACAGUAAAAGAAGCAGUAAAAGUAGCAGUAAAAGUAACAGUAAAAGAAGCAGUAAAAGUAGCACUAAAAGUCACACUAAAAGUCGCACUAAAAGUCGCAGUUGA